AUGGUUACACUUACAAUCUAUGAGGAAGAAUUCUAUUAUCCAUCCAUCCUCCUGUCUGUCUGGUGUACAGAUAAUUCAAGAGAAAAUCUGAAAAAACUAGAAACCUCAGAAUUCUCCAGUUAUUUCCGAAUGUUUGUGGGAGUUGAAGUGUCAAAGAGCAUCUCAACAUCUUUGAUCAUUGUAUGGCCUAAUUAUUACCAGCAGAUCUUGGCUGUGGCAUUUGCUGUGAAGGAAAUCAAUGAAAAUCUGCAACGUUACCCAGUUGUACUGACUAAUCAUUAUCAACAUGUGUUGGCCAUGGCAUUUGCUGUGAAGGAAAUCAAUGAAAACCUCCAGAUCUUACCUAAUGUCACUUUGGGAUUCCACAUCUGGAACAGCUACUUCAAUGCAAGAGAGACAUAUCGUGCCAUGGUAGAACUUAUCUCGACAAAGAACACAUUUCUCCCCAACUACAAGUGUGACUUCCAGAACAAUCUGAUAGCAGUCAUUGGAGGACUUGAAGCUGAAACUUCCCUCUACAUAGCAAGUGUGCUAGCUAUCUACAAGCUUCCACAGCUCACCUAUGGCUCUGCUUCAGUAAUGAAUGAAAAAUUAUCUGGCCUUUCUGUCUAUCAGAUGGUUCCAAACGAAGUCAAUCAAUACAGGGGUAUCCUCCACUUAAUUCUGCAUUUCAGGUGGACGUGGAUUGGGCUCAUUGUUGUGGAUGAUGAACGUGGAGAAAGAUUUCAGCAAGCCCUGCUUCCUCUGUUUUUUCAAAAUGGCAUCUGUUUGGCCUUCAUAGCAAAAUUCCUACAGGUCACAACCAUCAAUUAUUAUUUUACCAUGAUGCAGAAUGGAUUGGAAAAAUUUGAUGUUGUAAUGGAGAGUAAAGCCAAUGCUGUUAUCCUUUAUGGAGACAGUGAAUCUAUUUCAUAUAUGAGGUGGUCUAUACAAUUCUCAGGGACAGUUUUCUCAGCAAAAAAGCUUAAAGGGAAAGUAUAUGUUACGACCAUUCAGAUGGAUUUUGUGUCCUAUUAUUAUCAAAGAAAUUGGGACAAACAGAUCCUUCAUGGUGCUAUAUCCUUCAGCGUUCACACGAAUCAACCACCAGGAUUUCAGCAAUUUCUUCAGAGCAGAAAACCUCAUUGGACUGAAGGUGAUGGCUUCAUCAGGAAUUUCUGGGAACAGGCAUUCCUCUGUCAUUUCUCAGAUUCACUCCUGGGGAAGGAGUUUGAUAAGAAUUGUUCUGGGGAGGAGAAGCUGGAGAGCCUUCCCGCAGAUAUCUUUGAUAUGAGUAUGACUGGUCCCAGCUACAGUAUCUACAAUGCUGUCUAUGCUUUUGCACAUUCUUUACAUGCCCUGCAUUCAUCCUGUUAUGGACACAGGAGGAUGGUGGUGACAAAAAAAUGUGACUUCUUCAGUAAACCAUCAUGGCAGCUUCACCACUUCUUGAAAAGUGUUUCAUUUAAUAACAGCACUGGGGACAAUAUUUCAUUUGGCACUCAUGGAGAGGUUGUAACAGGGUAUGAUAUCAUCAACUGGCUUGCUUUCCCAAAUCAAUCUGUUUUUAAAGUCAAAAUUGGAGAGGUUCAUCCAGAAGCUCCUGCAGAACUAAUGCUUACUAUUAAUGAAGAUUCCAUUACAUGGAACAGCUGGUUUAACCAGACACAGCCCCUUUCUGUCUGCAGUGGAAGUUGCCAUCCAGGUUACAGGAAGGAAAUGAAGGAGGGAGAACCAUUCUGCUGCUAUGGCUGCAUUCCAUGUCCAGAAGGAAAGAUUUCCAAUCAGAAUGACUUGGAUGAGUGCAUCACUUGCAAAGAAGACGAAUAUUCAGAAAUGGGACAAACUCGAUGCAUCCCCAAAAAUAUCACUUUCUUGUUACAUGAAGAACCAUUGGGGAUCAUUUUUGUGACUUUAAUCCUUUCCUUUGCUUUUAUCACACUUUUGGUGCUAGGAAUCUUUAUAAAGCACCACAGCACCCCCAUCGUCAAAGCCAACAACCGGAACCUCACCUAUUCUCUCCUGAUCUGCCUCCUCCUUUGCUUCCUUUGCGCUUUGCUAUUCAUUGGUCAACCUCAACUGAUGUCAUGUCUCCUCCAACAAACCAUUUUUGGCAUGGUGUUCUCGGUUGCCAUUUCUUGUGUGCUGGCAAAAACUGUUAUGGUGGUUCUGGCUUUCCUAAGCAUCCAACCAGGAAGCAGGAUGAGGAAGUGGGUGGGGAAAAGAGUAGGCAAUUCCAUUGUGAUUUCCUGCUCCAUUUUCCAAGCAGUCCUUUGUUUUGCAUGGUUGGCAACUUAUCCCCCAUUUCCGGAUGUUGACAUGCACUCAGAGACUGAAGCCAUUGUACUGGAAUGUAAUGUGGGGUCUGUCACCAUGUUUUACUGCGUCCUUGGCUACAUGGGGUUCCUGGCUGUUGUUAGCUUUGUGGUGGCUUUCUUGGCCAGAAAGUUACCCAACAGUUUUAAUGAAGCCAAAUUUAUCACUUUCAGUCUAUUGGUGUUUUGCAGUGUUUGGAUGUCUUUUGUUCCCACCUACCUGAGCACCAAGGGAAAAUCCAUGGUGGCUGUGGAGAUCUUUUCCAUCUUAGCCUCCAGCGCUGGUCUUCUGGGUUGCAUCUUUACCCCUAAAUGUUUCAUUAUUAUUCUCCGUCCUGAGUUGAACAACAGGGAACAGCUGAUAAGAAGAGGACUCUUUGUACUGACUAAUCAUUAUCAACAUGUGUUGGCUAUGGCAUUUCCUUUGAAGGAAAUCAAUGAAAACUUCCAGAUCUUACCCAAUGUCACCUUGGGCUUCCACAUCUGGAACAGCUACUUCAAAGCAAGAGAGACCUAUCAUGCCACAGUAGAACUUCUUUCGACAAAGAACAGAUUUGUCCCCAACUACAAGUGUGACUUCCAGAACAAUCUGAUAGCAGUCAUUGGAGGACUUGAAGCUGAAACUUCCCUCUACAUAGCAAAUGUGUUAGCUCUCUACAGUAUUGUGCAGCUCACCUAUGGCUCUGCUUCAGUAAUGAAUGAAAAAUCAUCAGGGCUUUCUGUCUAUCAGAUGGUGCCAAAUGAAGUCAAGCAAUACAAGGGGAUUCUCCAAUUAAUUCUGCAUUUCAGGUGGAUGUGGAUUGGGCUCAUUGUUGUGGAUGAUGAACGUGGAGAAAGAUUUCAGCAAGCCCUGCAUCCUCUGUUUUUUCAAAAUGGCAUCUGUUUGGCCUUCACAGAAAAAAUCCUACAGGUGACAAGCAUAGAUUAUUAUUUUACCAUGAUCCAAGAAGAAUUGGAAAAAUUUGAUGUUGUAAUGGAGAGUAAAGCCAAUGCAGUUGUCCUUUAUGGAGACAGUGAGUCUGUCUCAUACAUGAGAUGGUCUCAAAAAUUCUCAGAGACGGAAUUCACGACAGCAACGCUUAAAGGGAAAAUAUAUAUUAUGACCAUUCAGAUGGAUUUUGUGUCCUAUUAUUAUCAAAGAAAUUGGGACAAACUAGUCCUUCAUGGUGCUAUAUCCUUCAUAGUUCACACGAAUCAACCACCAGGAUUCCAGCAAUUUCUUAAGAGCAGAAAGCCUCUUUGGACGGAAGGAGAUGGCUUCAUCAGGGAUUUCUGGGAGCAGGCAUUCCUCUGUCAUUUCUCAGAUUCACCACUGGAGAAAGAGUUUGAUAAGAACUGCACAGGAGAAGAGCAGCUGGAGAGCCUUCCUGCAGAUAUUUUUGAAAUGAGUAUGACUGGCCCCAGCUACAGUAUCUACAAUGCUGUCUAUGCUGUUGCACAUGCUUUACAUGCCUUGCAUUCAUCCUGUAAUGGACACCGAAGGAUGAUGGAAAGAAAGAAAUGUAACCUCUUCAGUCAACCAUCAUGGCAGCUUCACCACUUCUUGAAAAGGGCUUCAUUUAAUAACAGCGCUGGGGACAAUAUUUCAUUUGACGCUAGUGGAGAGAUAGCAACAGGGUAUGAUAUCAUCAACUGGCUUGCUUUCCCAAAUCAGUCUGUUUUUAAAGUCAAAAUUGGAGAGGUUCAUCCAGAAGCUCCUGCAGAACUAAUGCUUACUAUUAAUGAAGAUUCCAUUACAUGGAACAGCUGGUUUAACCAGAAACUACAUCAGACAUUUGAGAUUGAAGACACUUCAAAAUAUCCCACAAUCAAAUACAUCAUCUGCCACAGGAGUGAUAUAUUUUUAAUAGGGAACUACAACAAAAUAAUCUGCCUGCCUUUGGAAUUGUCAAGCCCUACACCAACAGAAACUCCUGCAGUAUGGACACAACAAGAAACAAAGCAAAAUUGGUCUGACCAUACAGGGAUAAGUUAUCCAGAAGCUCAUAUUUUAAUAGGGGAUAAUUUGAAUGUGAGAAUAGGUCCCUUGAAUGAAGUUCUUCAGAAAUCUAAGCUACAGAAUAUAUAUCCGCUAAAUAUCACCGAUUUUAUGUCUGAAUGUAAAGCUUGUGAUUAUGCUUUAAUUGGUCUUACAAAAUUCUUAUAUGAGAUCUGGAAAUAG